GAGGAGGAGGGUGGAGGGACGAGUUGAGAGGGGGUGAUGCUGAGAGAGGAGCGCUGCACUUGGAGCAGGAUUCGGCCGCGCUCGGUGCUCUGCCGUUAAGGCUUCUUCAUUCCUCGACGACUGGGGUGACCCCCCUUUUAUCUUUCAUCCCCAACAUUAGUCGUCGUUCAUUGCACACCUGGCUGCAGCAAAAAAAAAAAAAAAAAAAAAAAAAAAGGAUGCGUGGGAUUUAACGCCUUGAUCGUCCUUCUCUCUCCUGGAAUAUUCCUGCCUCCCCUCCCCGAGUGUGUGUUCGGUAGAUGCGGACCGCCACGACCAUGCAGCAGAUUGUGCAUUUCUCCGUGUCUUUCCUCCUUGUCUUGUGGGGGUGUGCACACGGAGGCUCGCCCAGCGUCCAAAUUGGGGGGCUCUUUCCAAGGGGCGCGGACCAAGAGUACAGCGCCUUCCGGAUAGGCAUGGUCCAGUUCGGUACGGCCGAGUUCCGGCUCACGCCUCACAUUGACAACCUGGAGGUGGCCAACAGUUUUGCUGUCACCAAUUGCUUCUGCUCGCAGUUCUCCAGGGGCGUCUAUGCCAUUUUCGGAUUCUACGACAAAAAGUCGGUGAACACCAUCACGUCGUUCUGCGGCACGCUGCACGUGUCCUUCAUCACGCCCAGUUUCCCGCUGGACGGCACCCAGCAGUUCAUCAUCCAGAUGAGGCCAGACAUUAAGGGGCCACUGCUGAGCCUCAUUGAGUACUACAAGUGGGACAAGUUCGCCUACCUGUACGACAGCGAUCGAGGCCUGACAACACUUCAGGUGGUCCUGGACACGGCGGCCGAGAGGAAGUGGCAAGUGACGGCCAUCAACGUGGGCAAUCUAAAAGAUGAGCGCAAAGAUGAAGCCUACCGCUCGCUUUUCCAGGAUCUGGAAAACAAGAAAGAGCGACGGGUGAUCCUGGAUUGUGAACAGGACAAAGUCAAAGACAUCAUGGACCAGGUCAUCACCAUUGGCAGACACGUUAAAGGCCACCAUUACAUCAUAGCUAAUCUGGGUUUUGUGGACGGCGAUCUGUCCAAAAUCCAGUACGGCGGUGCCAAUGUGUCAGGCUUCCAGAUCGUGGAUUUCGACGAUCCUUUGGUAUCCAAGUUUGACCAAAGGUGGGAGGCCUUGGAGGAGAAGGAGUAUCCAGGGGCAGAUAGCAAGAUCAGAUACACAUCAGCGUUGACGUACGACGCGGUGCAAGUGAUGACGGAGGCCUUCCGCUACCUUCACAAGCAGCGCAUCGACUUCACCCGUCGGGCCAACACCGGCGACUGCCUUGCCAACCCCGCUGUUCCCUGGGCUCAGGGAGUGGAAAUCGAGCGGGCAUUGAAACAGGUGCGCGUGGAGGGCCUGACGGGCAACAUCCAGUUCGACCAACACGGCAAGCGGGUCAACUACUCAGUCAACAUAAUGGAAUUGAAGAACAACGGCCCCGUAAAGAUUGGCUACUGGAACGAGGUUGACAAAAUGGCCGUCACCAAAUCUGACGUCUUUGCCAAUGACUCGACGGGGAUGGAAAAUAAAACGGUCAUUGUCACGACAAUCUUGGAGGCUCCUUACGUCAUGCUGAAAAAGAAUGCUGACCUGUUUGUGGACAACGACCGCUACGAAGGGUACUGUGUGGAUCUGGCCGCCGAGAUCGCAAGGCAUUGCGGUUUCAAAUACCAACUGAAAAUAGUCAAUGAUGGCAAGUAUGGAGCCAGGGAUGCUGAGACCAAGAUCUGGAACGGCAUGGUGGGCGAGUUAGUGUAUGGGAAAGCUGACAUCGCUGUAGCUCCUCUAACCAUCACCCUCGUCCGAGAGGAAGUGAUCGACUUUUCUAAGCCUUUUAUGUCCCUGGGGAUCUCGAUUAUGAUCAAGAAACCCCAGAAGUCCAAGCCUGGCGUCUUCUCCUUCCUUGACCCACUGGCCUAUGAGAUAUGGAUGUGCAUCGUGUUCGCCUAUAUCGGAGUCAGUGUCGUGCUCUUCCUGGUCAGCCGCUUCAGCCCCUACGAGUGGCACACAGAGGAGUACGAGGACGGGCAGAUCCAGACCAACGAGUCCACCAAUGAGUUUGGCAUAUUCAAUAGCCUGUGGUUCUCGCUGGGGGCGUUCAUGCGACAAGGCUGUGACAUCUCACCAAGGUCCCUGUCCGGGCGCAUUGUUGGCGGCGUGUGGUGGUUCUUCACGCUUAUCAUCAUCUCCUCCUACACGGCCAAUUUGGCUGCUUUCCUCACUGUGGAGAGGAUGGUGUCACCCAUUGAGAGCGCUGAGGACCUGGCCAAGCAGACCGAGAUCGCGUAUGGCACGCUAGACUCAGGCUCAACUAAAGAAUUCUUUAGGCGUUCUAAAAUUGCCCUUUUUGACAAAAUGUGGACAUACAUGCGGAGUGCAGAGCCCUCGGUGUUUGUGAAAAAAACAGCCGAGGGUGUUCUGAGAGUCCGCAAGUCCAAGGGGAAAUACGCCUACUUGCUGGAGUCCACCAUGAACGAGUAUAUCGAGCAACGCAAACCCUGCGAUACCAUGAAGGUGGGAGGCAACCUGGACUCCAAAGGAUACGGAAUCGCCACGCCCAAAGGAUCCUCAUUAAGAAAUGCGGUUAACCUCGCAGUACUAAAACUGAAUGAGCAAGGCCUGUUGGACAAAUUGAAAAACAAAUGGUGGUACGACAAAGGAGAGUGCGGCAGCGGGGGAGGUGAUUCCAAGGAGAAGACCAGCGCCCUCAGCCUGAGCAACGUGGCUGGGGUCUUCUACAUUCUGGUCGGAGGACUCGGCUUGGCCAUGCUGGUGGCCUUAAUCGAGUUCUGUUACAAGUCCCGAGCCGAGGCCAAACGAAUGAAGGUGGCAAAGAAUGCACAGAAUAUUAACCCAACUUCCUCGCAGAAUUCACAGAAUUUUGCAACUUAUAAGGAAGGUUACAACAUGACUUUCGGGGACGCUAUGAGGAACAAAGCGAGACUUUCGGUCACCGGGAGCACUGGGGAGAAUGGUCGGGUGAUGACUCCUGAGUUCCCGAAGGCCGUCCACGCCGUCCCGUACGUCAGGCCCGACAUGGGCCUCAAUGUCAGCCUGACAGACCUGUCCUGAUCCCAGACCAACUUCCGAGUGCCUUACCAUGGUUUCAAAAAGAUAGAAAAAAAGAGCGAUUUUGUUCUUUUUUUUCCCUUCGAAAAGGUUUGUGUUGUUUCCCCCCCAAACGCUUCUUACUAUCGCUUGCUUCUGUUGUGGCACUUUUUUUCCUCUAAUGGGAACGUCGGAGAUCACAAAGACUUGGUUGGUACUUUCUCCAAUGUUAAAAAAAAAAUCCUGGAAUAUCUUGGAAUUCUUUUGUUUUCAUUCCUAAAAGCGUGAAAGUGAGGGCUUAAUGAACAGCUGCUUCUCCCAACGUUACGAAGUGUGUGUAUGUGUGUGUUAAUCGGUUGCCGCCACAUCCUGAAGCACAUCCGCGUUCUAAAAUGUGAAAUAGUCCUUUGAAGUUUUUCUUAAGAAAAUCCCAGGAAAAUACUCACUUUAAAAAAAACAACUAUUUUUAUGUAUUUUCACAAAAUAGCUUUUAAAGAAACUCGCAGUUGGAUUUAAACACGCGGAAAGGAGAAAUAGGAAACAGCAAGAAAAGUCAUGUAAUUAAAUUCCUGUAUAUUUUAAUCGUUUGGUGUUGAUACGAACUCUUGUCAAUGCUCGACAUUUUUGGAAUCUCCGUUUUUGGCUCAUCUUUUUUGACUCGUGUCAUUUUCUUUCUCCUCAUCCGCUGUUUGUGUUUUUUCUGCCGAGGACCAGGGUCGUUUGUCGCGCUUUCAGGAGGAAGUGAAUCUGUUUACACGUCAUGAAUGCAAAAUAUAUAUAUAUUAAGAGAAAAAACACACAUUUAAAAAAAAAAUGGAAAGGGCGUUAGAUAGGCAUCAGCAUCCACCACUCGGAAAAAUGCCGAAAUGCCAAAAAAGCGACGGGUGCCAAAUCCUAGUGCCAGUAGAUGAUGAAUAUAGAGUCUUAAUAUAAUCAAUCACUGUCAUUUCAGUGAAUGUAAAUGACUUUUUUUUUUUUUUUGUAAACUAUAGAUGUACAGUCGGUGGCGAUGACACUGGUAAUAAGGAUAAAUAAAUAGCCUUUUAGGGGGGUUGUUUUGUUGUUGUUUUUUCAUGUAUUUUUGCAUCCACCUGACGAUGACGUAGCAGCGGUUUCUGCAUGUCGCUUGCCACCGUCGUGACGAUUUUGUUUUCUAACUGCCAAAAGAAGUCAACACAUACACACAACAGCGUUUACAAUUUUAAUGUAGAAGUCGUGACGGUGUUUGAAUUUUCGGGGAUAAAACAUACAUACAUGCAUACGAUAUAUAUAUACAUAUAUACUUAUAUUUUGUAUAAAAAGAUUUGAAAAAAAAACAUAGCCCCUCCCCCUUUCCAUGAUAGUGUCAGAUCUGCUUUACGUCAGAUUUUUUUUUUUUUUUUUUUCUAAAGACAAGCACUUCUUAACUCAUAGGACUCACUUGAUCUCUUUUAUGACCUGUAAAAAGCCCCUGUGUAUGAUACAAAUGGGGUAAUAAUCUGUAUUAUUAUUAUUAUUAUUACUCUGGCUGUUGUUUUUGUAUUCCGACAAUAGAUAACACGCAUAUACUUGUAGUCGCUUCUAAGUUCCAUAUGGCGUAAAUUCAGGCUAUUCUCACUGACAUUUUGUAUUAUGGAAUGUGUGCUAACUUGUUUAUUUUUGGGACUCUUUCUUAAAUAAAUUUAAAAAGAAAA